GCUGACAACAAUGAAAUCCAGCAGGUGUUGCAGAGCUCAGAGAAGACUCCAGAGCCAGCAGAAUAACCAUUAUGGUGGAGUUUGCGCCCUUGUGUGUGCCAUGGGAAUGCAGGCUGCAGACACUCGUGGUCCUGCAGUGGGUCAGCUGUUUGGUGUUCAUGGCCAUUCUCUGCAGUGUGGUCUUCAUAGGCCUCCUGUUCACAAGAUUCUGGAUCUUCAGUAUUCUGUAUGCAGUCUGGUGGUACCUAGAUCGAGCCAAGCCUUGGCAGGGGAGCAGGCACUUUGAUGUACUAAGGCGCUGUGUUGUAUGGAAGUACAUGAAGGACUAUUUCCCCAUCUCACUGGUCAAGACUGCCGACCUGGACCCCUCCCGGAACUACCUUGCUGGCUACCACCCCCACGGGAUCACAGCUGUUGGAGCUUUUACCAACCUAUGCACGGAAGGCACUGGUUUUUCCUCACUGUUCCCUGGGAUCCGCUCACAUCUGAUGCUGCUGAACUUGUGGUUCUGUGCCCCUGUCUUCAGGGAUUAUAUCAUAAUAGGCGGGAUGGUUGCUGCAGACAAGGAGAGUGUUUCUCACAUUCUGAGCAGGGAAGGAGGUGGCAACCUGCUGGCCAUCCUUGUUGGGGGCGUCCAGGAGUCACUGGAGGCCAGGCCUGGAGCCUACAAGCUGGUGCUGCGGAACCGCAAGGGCUUCAUCAGGCUCGCCCUGAUGCACAGGGCAGAUCUGGUGCCGAUCUUCUCCUUUGGGGAGAAUGACAUACAUGACCAGGUUGAGAAUUCUCCUGGCACCUGGUUGUGCUGGUUCCAGGAUGGACUUCAGAAGAUCAUGGGAGGCUCUAUCCCACUCUUUUAUGGCCGUGGAGUCUUCCAGUACAGCUUUGGUCUUAUGCCCUACCGCCGGCCCAUCACCACCGUGGUGGGGCAGCCCAUCGAGGUGCAGAAGACGCCACAUCCCUCCCAGGAGGAGGUGGACAGGCUGCAUCAGCGCUACAUGCAGGAGCUGGAAAACCUCUUUGAAGCCCACAAGCUCAAGUACAACGUCCCCAGAGACCAACACUUGGAGUUCUACUGAGCGCCUCCCCAGAGAAGGGGCUGUCCCAAAGGUCAGGGCUGGCAUUAGGAAGGAUGGAGGGAGGUGCUAUGAUCCCAGAAGGCUUCCUGGAGGUGUACGUUGAACACAUCUCUACAGCCUUCACUGACUCCUGCAACUCCACCCCAUUCCUGUCCCUGGGUCAUAGCUGGCUUCUGACAGAGAAGACCAGACUCUGGCAUUGGUGAUUUGUUCUCCUGCUAUGACUCUUCUGCAAGGAACCCUCUCCUCGAUCUGCCCACCUGAGAAGUGGAAGAAAUGCUUGGAGAGAAUGAUGUCUGUGACUCUGCCCUCUGUGGUCCUGUCACUCAACUGGUAGGACAAGAGCAGCUCCAGUGAGCAGGUUUCUCUUCCUCUGCCUUGAGUGACAGCAGAGAAGCAGCCCCCAGCUGCAGCCCUUCCUCCUACAACCUCCCUCAUCCUGCAUCCUGCCUGUCCCAGCUCCUCCCUUACUUAGCUGGAGAGGAGGACGAAGCCACAACCCCUCGACUCAUCCUGGCACCUUUGAGUUUCUGAGUCGUCUGAGCCCCGAGCUGGCAGCCAGAUGGGCCCACGAGGUGGGGAAGGGGACUUCAGCUCUGUCACUGACUGAAUGACCAAGGGCAGAUCUCUUCACCCUCCCUCUGAGUCUCAGUCUCUCUGAGGGACUAAGGUGAUCUCUGACCUCAGCUCUGAUGUCACAUGAACUGAGAGCUCUAUGAUGUAGCCCUUACUCCUCCUUUGUAACCUCAGCCCUGACUUUGACACAGAAGGACGCUCCAUAAAUGUCAAUUCAUCAAUGAAAGAA